AUGUCGAACCUCGCCCGCUACUUCUUCCUCCUGGUGCUCCUGGUGAGCCCGCCCGUUCGUGGCCGCGGCUACGUGUGCGACUUCUCCUCGUCCAAGUACAACCUGGACUUCGACGACUACUACGCAGAUGUCACGUGCUACCACGAAAUUGGCCAGGGAGACACCAUCGGGGUGAUCAUCCCAAAGUACAGAGACGGGAGAGAAAACACCAACAUAUUAACCAAAUGCUUUGAAGAAGUUUCCCUAAACAAGUCAGGAACUAAGCCAGUGUCCAUAUACCAAAUAUUUAGCAGCGACGAAAUCCAAGUGUCAGCUUCGAACUCGCUAUACAACACGGAAUAUCUCUCAUCCAUUUUAAAAAUAAAAAAUGCGCAAACGAAUAGUUACAUCCAUUGUGUGUUCGAAAACAGAAAUGAAAAAAACAAAGAAAUCCACAAGGGGGUGGCAAAAAUUGCAGUAAAAAAUUACCCCAUUCAAAAUGAAAAUUUAACCAACAAACAUGUAGUGGAUUUGUAUAACCAACUCGAUUUAAGCAAAGAUAACUCGAAUAACAAAUACAGAGUCACAGCUGAACCGGGGCAUAUACUCUACAUUCUGGGGAGCAAACUAGCCAAUGGGAAAAGCAUAUACUUUGGAAAAAACUGCCCUCUCCAUUUUGAAUAUAUAGGAGAUAUAUACAAACAUGUGUUCCCAAUCAUCAACGAAGAAGAGGUGGUGUACGACUGCCCCAUGUACUAUGAUGAGAAGGAAAAACAAAUUUCUUUGGGAAACUUGAUUGUCACUUUUGAAGCCAGACCCCCAAGUAUAAAAUCCAUCAGCAAGGACAUUUUGAAGAAGCAUAUAAAAUACGACAUUGAGAGAAAGCUGCAUGCGAUUCUAAGCGGCACAGAUUAUGCCUUGGCCAAUAUGGGCAGUAUGGACAGAGUCGAUAGCGCAGAUAGCGACCACCAUCGGUACAUGGAACAGAGCAUAGGAAUAAACGAGACGCAGACCUCCAACCUUCAGUCGGUUAACCUUGACAGAGAGCACUGUAAUAAUGAUAAGUGCAUUGACCUGUUUGAAAAUUCAAGUUGCUCUUCCCUUUGUGGAGGGGGGUACAGACUCCGCGAUGGAUAUGAUGUACGCUACGACAUCCAGUCGGUCAUUCCGUGUAACCAUGGGGACUGUACUGCUGAAGAUUCGGUUGAGCCCCUGGUCAUCUUCGCCUGGACCUCCAUUGUUUUCUUCUGCAUCAUGAUCGCCAUUUUGAUCAUCACCAUUUACUCCCUGCUGCAUGUUAGCAAGCAGAAGGUGGCCGACCCCUUCUACAACUACGACUCGAACAUUAAGUCGUCCGACGUGUUGUGAGUUGGAAGCGGGAGGCGGUUAGGUGGGGAAAAACCACAUCAGGGGGGGGUACCAACAUGGAAGGGUGUAUCAACAUAGAAGGGGGACCCACCAACUGGGCACCAAAUCUCACUUGCACGAAGCGGCCCCCCCAACACUGCCAUUUUUUUUAUACUACCUUUUUCACACUUUGAAAAAAAAAACAUUUUUGUGCCCAUUUUAGGUUUAGGGUUUACGUUGACGAAGCGGGCGCCCCUUCGUCGCGACCACUUUGUCUGCUUUGUUUUGCGUAGCUUCAAUUCAUUCGAUUGAUUCGCCUCAACUUCUUU